AUGAUGCGGUCUGCAGCAGCAGCAGCAACACCAGCAGCAGCAGCAGCAGCAGCUCCUGCUGCUGCAUCUGCUGCUGCUUUCUCGUAUGGAUUACCAACACCAGCAGCAGCAGCUCCUGCUGCAGUUCCUGCUGCAGCUGCUGCUGCUGCUCCUGCUGCUGCUGCUGCUGGCUUGCCAUUCAACGAUUUGAACCGCCCAGUAGCAGCAGCAACAGCAGCACCAGCAGCAGCAGCAGCUGCUGCUGCUGCUGCACCUGCUGAUGCUUUUUUGUUGGGGGGCUGGAAGAUACAGCCAGCAGCAGCGCCAGCAGCAGCAGCAGCACCAGCACCAGCAGCAGCAGCAGCAGCUCCUCCUGCUGCUCCAGCUGCUGGCUUUCUGUUGCAGGAUCUGAACCGGCCAGCAGCAGCAGCAACAGCAACAGCAGCACGAACCUCUUAUGCUGCUGCCCCUGCUGCUGCUAUGCCGCCUGUAUUGCUGCAGCAGCAGCAACUGCAGCAGCAGCAACUGCAGCAGCAGCAACUGCAGCAGCAGCAGCUGCAGUCGCAGCAGUUGGUUCUCUCAGGCCCCUCAGCUGCUGCUGGUGCUGCUGCUGCUGCUCGUGCUGCUGCUGCUCCUGCUGCUGCUGCUGCUGGAUUGAAUCCAAUACACACAGUGCAUUGGGGCUGGGACCCGCUUGCAUUGCUGCAGCAGCAGCAGCAGCAGCAGCAACAGCAGCAGCAACUGCAGCAGCAGCAGCAGCAGCAGCAGCAGCAUUGGAAUGUUUCGGCUGGGAGUGUCGCAGCGGGAUGGGGUGCAGCACCACUACCGCCUACUGCUGCUGCUGCUGCUGCACCUGCUGCUGCUGCUGCUGCACCUGCUGCUGCUGCUGCAGGCGUAUUCGAUUACUCUAGCAUCAGGCCAGUAGCAGCAGCAGCAGCAGGACGAGCAGCAGCAGCAGGGACAGCAGCAGCAGCAGCACCAACACCAUUUGUACUGCCUUUAGGUGCUUCUGUUGCAGCAGCAGCACCAGCAUCAGCAGCAGCAGCAGGAGCAGCAGCAGCAGGAGCAGCAGCAGCAGCAGACUCUGAUGAUUCUCUUUCUCUUAGUUGGAUUGAUUUGGAGGAGCAGCAGCAGCCCCUGUAUCGUGCUGCUGCUGCUGCUGCUAGCAGCAGCAGCAACAGCUACUGCACCAGCAACAGCAACAGCAACAGCAACAGCAACAGCAGCAGCAGCAGCAGCAACAACAACCAAGAGGAGCUCGUGCUGCCUGAGUUGCUGCUGCAGGAGCUGGAGGCCUUCUUCGCUCAGCUGGAGGGGCCAGCAGCAAAGCGGGCCCGCAUCGCAGACGAAGCAGCAGCAGCAGCAGCAGCAGCAGCAGCAGCAGCAGCAGGAGCAGCAGCAGCAGGACCAAGUCAGCUUGUCUCCUUUACUCCUAUGCAAGUACCACCAGCAGCAGCAACAGCAGCAACAGCAGCAGCAGCACCAGCAGCAGCAGCAGCAGCAGCACAACAAACAGCAACACUACAUGUAGUACCAGCAGGAGGAUCAGCAUCUGCUGACCCAGCAGCAGCAGCAGCAGCAGCUGCUGCUGCUGCUGCUGCUGCUGCUUCUGGCUCUUCUGUUGCUCACUCUCUCGUGUUGAUGCAGCCGCUUCCAAGCAAACAUAAAGUGCAGCAGUGGCUAGCAGCAGCAGAUUUCUCCUCUCCCCCUCAGCAGCAGCAGCAGCAGCAGCAGCAGCAGCAGCAGCAGCAGCAGCAGCAGGUGCUGCUGCUGCAGGGGCAGCAGCAGCAGCAGCAGCGAGAGAAACAGAAAGCACAACGCAGACAGCAGCAACAAAAACAACAGCAACAGCAACAAGCAGGAGCAGAGGAGCUGCAGCAACAAAAACAACAAAAACAAAAACAAAAACAAAAAAUACAAAAAGAAAAAGAAAAAGAAAAAGAAGAAAGCAGCCAAGAAGAACAAAAGCAGCAGCAGCAGCAACAGCAGCAGCAGCAGCAGCAGCAGCAGCAACAGCAGCAGCAGCAGCAGCAGCAGCAGCAGCAACAGGAGGAAGAGGAGGAGGACGAUGAGCAGCCAUCUACAUCUGCUGCAUUUCCAGCAUCAGCAUCAGCAGCAGCAGCAUAUUCCCCUGCAGCAGCAGCAGCAGCAGCAGCAGCAGCAACAGCAGCAGCAGCAGCAGAAGAGGAGCUAGAUAUAUCAUACUAUCUAAACCACCCUUUCUAUCGUUUGCCUAGCUGCGAUGCAGCAGCAGCAGCAGCAGCAGCAAGCAGCUUUGACUUUUCUUUAUUGUGGGCUGCUGCUGGGAGCAUGCAUAUUAGUAUAGGGGCGCAGCUAGAUAGUUCAGCUUAUUAG